GGAAUGCAAAUGUGCAAAUGCACAGUGAUCCGGAGAGUGUUAGUGUGCAAAAGGGAGGAGAUUCAGGCAAGCGAGCUAUAGAGCUGUGAGCAACGAGAUUCCUUUUGUGUGAAACAUCAGUGACAUGAAACAAGAAACGAGUGUGCAUUCUCAGAAAUGAGAGUCAUUUAUCAAUGGAGGGCAUCUUCAAAGCAAUUUAUUAACAGACUGAUGGCUGGAGGCCAAACAUCCUGACUGCUCCAAAUAGUUUUAUAUCAGUAGAGUUGUCACCAUGGCAACAAAGCCCAUGGCCCGGCAGGAAGAGGGUCCUGUCAACCCACCGGACGAGUGGGUCAAUGAGUUCUUGGCGCACGGUGAGGUGGGUGCAACCAUAAGUCAUUCCCAUUCCAACUCCUCACAACUGCGAGACAGAAAGGCUCCCAGGGCAGAACCUGAAGAGGACGUAGACGCCCUGGAGCCUGGUGCUCGAGACCAAACCCGCCAAGAGAACCAAACGCUCUCGGAACAUCAGGAAUCAACAAUAAUUAGUCUGUGCACCCCAAGGGAGACACAAGACACGGUGACAGACUUAGAACAAGUUGCCCAACUAUCAGAAGCAUUACAGACUCAAGAGCCAUCUGAAAAGUCUGUUGAUUCAUGUGAGGAUGCUUUGCCACCUCAUCCUCCCUUCACUGCUUCAUCGACAGAGGAAUGCUUUGAACAAGAGAGACUUUCCAGCUUAGAGGGGGAGGUGGCUGAGUGGAUCAGUGAUGCUGAGAUCAUGUCAGACCCAACAGAAGACAUUACGUCCCCUGAUGGCCAGAACAGUCAAGAAUGGCCAACUCUUCUUACUGAGCUAGUAAAUAGAGAGUUAGAUUCAUCCUGUGAGGAAGUGAUGGGACAUGAUGUGACAACAGAGAAGAAUGGCAUACAGCUGAACCACUCACCAGAUGGUUUUGACCAAAGUAUACCUGAAAAUAAUAUAUCAGGGGCUGCAGCCGCUGGAAUAAAUACAACUUCUCAUCAUUCUCCGUCUGAAAGAAACGCCUCAGAUGAUGCAUACACAAUUUGCUCUCCUCCUUUUGCUGAUGAAAGUGAGGAAGAAGAGGAAGUGAGCAUUCAUGUUAUGUCUUGUCAGCAGCAAUGGACUGCACUAGAUAUCAGAGGCAAGCCUUUCAAACUGUCACAUUCUGCUGAAAUUUCAGUUUCCACUGAACAAGACCAAACCUCAACUCUGGCUGUAGCUCCCUCAGCCAAACAGCAGGAGGAGCUAUUGUCCAAGAGCCAAAGUGAACUUGCCCCCGGGGGAGCAAACCAGGAAGCUGCACAACAGGUGCUCGGCCAGAGCUUUUCACCUUUGUCUACCGUUGCCAUGGAGCUGUCCAAUCAGGGCGGGGCAGCUUCUCAAGGCUCUGUUUUUGUUGUAGCUGUGAGAAAACUGCACAGCAGCGCAAGGGAAAGGACAGAGGGAGGAAGCAAGCAAACAGGUGGAGAGGGAGGACAGAAAGAGAGUGGACUUGAAAGUAACAAGGCAGUUGGGCAGAAACACGGUGGAGGACUGUUGACAUUUUUAAAAACAGUCCAAACACAAAAGGUAAAGACAAAAAAACACAGAUUUGUGUCUUCUAAACUCACCAAGAUGGAAAGUGACUCUUAUGAUGAUAGCCAGAGUGACAGUGGAGUUUCAGCGGACUUCUCCCCAUGCAGCACUUUGGAGGACAACACCGUCUCUACAGGCACUCCAGCAGCUGUACCCAAAGAGACUCCCAUUGAGAGGGAAAUCCGACGGUCUAUAGAGCGUGAACACAGUCUGAGGAGGUCUAGAGGGCUUCCAAAUCCACCCACUUCGCCAGAGUAUGUAGACAUCCCUCUAAGGAAAACUGUUCUCCUCCAGCCAAUAGAUGCUCAUUCUGAGAGGUGUCAAGGUAAAGACAGGCAGUUUGCAGGCAAGAAGAUGCAGCAUGAGAUCUUUGAGGAGGCCCAGAGGGAACAGGAUCUGGUCAAACUUGGGAAAGUUACAGGUUUCUAUGACAAAGGCACUGUACGCCAAGUCAAGGAGAGGAAACAGCUUUUUGAGGCCUUUCAGAAACCCAAUGACUCAACUUUGACUCUGUCAGCCAGGAGUAAGGCCCCGUCCUGGUCCUCUGCCAGUGACAUUUCAACCCUGGAGAACCAGGACGACAGGUCAUCACAGGCAUCCACUAUGGGAGGCUCAUAUGUGGAGAAGGUUCCCACACAGAGCCCAAACCUAGAAGGGGGUUUCACUUCUUUGCCCCCCCGAGGACCAGGCUUUUCUGAGGGGACAGCCUGUCAGGUCAUCAUCCUAGAGAACAAUCUGAGUGUCCCAGCACAGAAGCUCUACCACGUCAAACCAGAGGCAGAGGCCUUCACUGUAGUCGACUCAAGACCUAACAUCUCAUCAUCCAGGACAGAAGGACAUGGUGGAAUUAAAGUGAGAGAGCAGGAAAAGAAGGAGGAAGAGGAGGAAGUGACACUCAAGGAGAACCCCUUUUUCAAACUGCGCUCCUCAACCAAUUUAGUGGAGCAGGACAUCCGGGAGGCUCAAGAGAGGGAGAAGGAGCUUCACAGGCAAAGGAUCAGUCUGUAUGGGGGUACAGAGGGUGCACAAGGAGGGGUUGUGGAAGGAGGAGAGAGGCCAGUCAGCACAGAAGGAAAGAGUCCCACGUUGUCUUCUUCUUCACUGAGUGGACUGCCUGUUUCUGACUUACCUGGCUCAUCAUCCAGAGGGGGAACUAGACCCACAGCAGCACGCCAGUCAGUUGGCAAGUUUGGCAUGUGGCCUCCUGCCCAGGCGGAAGAGGAGAAGAUUAACCAGCCAGAGGUCCUCCAGAGUCCCAGGACCCCCAGACAGAAGACGCCUCUAGUCCAACGCUGGGAGUCAGGCCUAGUCAACGGGCACAACAUAGAAGACAACUGAGGAGACGUUGAUAGGGCGUAACUGAAGGAGGGAGGAAGGUUAACAGAGACCUGUAGUUUUUUGAAGUGGAGGGCUGAAAGACUGUAAGAUGAAAAGAAAAGCAGCAUAAGGAAAUUGAGAGCAGACUAGAGGAGGGAGCAGUGAUAAAAUGGAGGAAAGAGAGAAUGUGAAGUAAGAAAGAGGUCAGGGAUUGAAGCUACAAAGGGGGUCAGGAGGAUUGGGAGCAAGGAAAAGGAUUGGCGGUGGUGUGAAAAACCCUGAAGAGUCCUCAUCGAGGAGGAGAGAAAAAGAAGGAAGAAGGCCACUUUAUUAGUGGAUAAGCACUUGGCCUGUUUCUGGUGCUGGUAAACUCUGAGACAAAUGAAUGUAAAAAGACUAAACUAAAUAAUAACACUGUACCGGUAACAAGAAAAAUGAAAAUUUAGUGAGAAUGGGAUUUUAAAACUUUAUUGAAGUUCUUAACCAUUGAACUUUUGGAAUAGUAAUGAAACGUUAUUUCUUGAUGGAAACAGAUUGAGUUGUACAGUAUCUAGCUAGAAAAAUGGGUGUGUCAUCACCACUUUUAUGCCUCUAAUAAUGUCUUACACUGAGUUACUAGUUUAGUACACCUGUACAAUCUAAUGCAAUCCCUACAACAUCCAUGCAAUAAAUCAUAUCUUUGCGUA